AUGCCAUCCGUUUCGCCGGAUCGUACACGAACAUCCACGUCUCGCGAGCGCACAGCCAGCCCCGCCAGUCGACCCAACACCACACUCGCCCGCGUGCGAGACAGAAUUAAGCGAACCUUGACGGGCGACAAGGGAUUAACGCCUGAGCAGAAGGAGGCGAAGAAGCGGGAAGAACUGGAGAGGGAUGAGUGGUGUCGGAGGGAGAAGCACUAUCGCGAGUUGGAUCAGACGAAGGAUAACUGGGAGGAUUGGCGGGAGGGAGACCAGGUCGUCCGCGAGUACGGAGACGGCAGCUGCGUCGUGCGGGAUCUCUCGCCGGAAGAAAAGGAGGAAUGGGGCAAGAAGCGCAGUCCCGGUCUCCUCAAGCUCGCCCUCAGUCGCUCGAGGUCAAGAAGCCCGCCUUAG